AUGGGCCCCUGUACCGCCUCCUCAUGCUGCUGCCAGGCCCGUAAUCUGCCAUGGGCCCCCAUACCAACUCCUCAUGCUGCUGCCAGGCCCGUAAUCUGUCAUGGGUCCCUGUACCGCCUCCUCAUGCUGCUGCCAGGUCCAGAGUGUGUCAUGGGUCCCUGUACGGCCUCCCAUUGCUGCUGUCUCCAUCGCCACACUCUGCCAUGUGCCACUUUCAGGUCUCCUCACACUGCUGGUGGGUUCCAUUUUGUCAUAGGGUGCUGUAUGGCCUCCCAUUGCUGCUGCCUCCACCGCCACACUGUGGCUCCACACUCUGGUUUUGGCCCCGUGACUGCCCAAAUGAGUGAAGUGUGCGGUGAUUCUAAGAUCGACGGCACUCAUCUGCAUGUCAUACUGACUGACAGUAUUAUUUCUCUUCCCCAGCACACUCCAAGGGCAUUUAAAUUAAAGGUACAGUGUUCUGCACUAAUAUAA